UUAUGUUGUGUCUGCAAAAAUCAGUUUUUCAGGUUAAGGGUUCAAAUUAUAGUGUUAUUGAGUAGAAAUUCAGUUCCUACUAUUUAAAAAAAAAUCAGUCAUUUGUCAGCCAUGUCUUUUCUUGGCCCCUUUCACACAGAAAUCCCACAAAAUUGCAGCAUCAGAGCCCUAAGAUAAGAUUUUAUUCAUUAUUCAGCAUUUUAUUCCCGGAUUUUUUUCAUACGAAAUAGUGAAUUUUCUCCCUCACAUCCUCUAUCCCGGCAGGGCAACAUUGUCCUUAAACACAUCUCAGCUUAUAGUCCAACCUAGCUAGCUCGCAGCUCAUCCUCAUUUCCGGAAGUGACAUCAUCAUGGUAACACCUCUCAGCUAAAGCAGAGUAAACAAACGCUUCUGAAGGUAGAUCGUCGUGCCAAGUAGUAGUCAUGCCAAAACAUUGUGCUGCUGCUGGAUGUUCAUCAGUAUCCAAGUGAUAUUCUUAAGUUUAUUUUCUUUUCCAAAAGGCUUAAGACAAUAAUGUACGAAGCAAAUACAGAGCAAGAGAGACAUAUGGAUGCCUAGCUUGAGUUUUGUUCUUUGCAAUGAUUAUUACAAUGACCCCUGCUUCCGAGGAACGCAUUUACAAGAAAAAAAAUUUGAAUAAAGAUUCUAUUUUGCCGGUACACAGGAAAAAAACAAGACAACGAAAACGGGCCGCUACAUCAAAAGGCACAAGAGAGUCCCGUUGGAGAUGGACAAAUACCUUCCUCAGAUCAACAGCUCCCUCUUGAGUCCCGCCGUGGACCCCAGUGACAAGAAGUACAGGCGAGAGAGCGCCUCGGUGGUGGACGAGUACUUCUCAGAGGACAAACACGGCACCCCGUAUAGCGUCAACAUUAACGUUAUCCUGCCCAGUACCACUCACCUGCGCACAGGCCUCUACCGCCACAACUCUAAGGCCCCUCCUCCCCAGCAGAUCAAAAUAGAACCCGGACUGGAGGUGCCCUGCUCCUCCACUAGCACACCCACCCAGGCCCUGCCGGACUUCACCUCAGUGUUCAGCGUUCCACCUGUUGUCAACAGCGUAUUCAUCAAACCGGACUUGAGCUCUGGCGGAGUAACUAUGUCCUCCACGGGGUCACAGCAACAGCAGCACAAUUUGGACACAGAGCUUCACAUCGGACCACCAGCCCCUCAGCCACAGGUGUACCACAUGCCCAUCAGCAGCGGCGCUGACCUCACCAUGACUUUGUCCCACUCUGGACCCUCAGCUUCUAGAACCAUGCUGAACCUGGGCGGUGGCGGCUACAUGAUGGCCGAACACCAGCUGGCGCAGCACCACGCUUACUACCAGGCCUCCACGGCCGCCUCGGCAUCCCAACACACGGGUCCCCACAGCCUGCCACCCUCGCCCCCGAAUUCACAGCCGGGAAGUCCUGAGGGUCAGGCGGAGCUGCUGAGCCUGGCAAGCCAACUUCCUCCUCCGUACCAGCAGCAUCUGAGCGGGAUAAAAGUGACAGGGUUGUCCCCUCAUGCCAUGCUGAUGACUCACGGCCAGGGGGUCCUGACGGGGCCUAAAUACAACAGGCGGAACAACCCAGAACUGGAGAAGAGGAGGAUUCAUUUCUGUGACUAUCCAGGGUGCACUAAAGUUUACACGAAGAGCUCGCAUCUGAAGGCACACCAGAGGACGCACACAGGUGAAAAACCUUACCGCUGCACGUGGGACAACUGCGACUGGCGCUUCGCCCGCUCAGACGAGCUUACGCGACACUACCGGAAACACACGGGCGCCAAACCCUUCAAAUGUGUCGCCUGCAGCCGAUGCUUCUCACGGUCGGAUCACCUGGCCCUACACAUGAAGCGACAUCAGAACUAACGAAAAAACAUCCCCGAAAGAGAGACGGAAAUGCGUUCACCCGGAUGCCCCAACAUCGUACCCGCACAGACUUUUAACCCCGACAUUCUGCUUCCGAAACAGUCUCAGCUUUUAGAAAGUCCAUUCGACAAAACUGGAUAAAAUGGCACAGACCGGAGUACAAGUCAGACCAUACCAACCUCCUGCAUGGGGAUGAAUUUCAUGCAUUAAGUGACUAUUCUUUAAAAAAAAAAAAAUCUGGAAAAAUUGCCAAUUUUUUUUUACGUCAACAUCAACGUAAAAAAAUAAUUCAACUGGUAACUGGUUUAAGUGGUCACGUUUUUAGGAUAAGUAAAAAAAAAAUCCACGGCCUUUGCUACGAUGUACAAAAUACUAAUUUGCCGCUUUUUCACCUUGUUUGUCCUCAACGUGCUAAUCUUCGAUUUGGACUCAUGACAUUUGGACACAACAUUCUUAAAAAAAAAAAUCUGGAAAAAUUGCCAAUUUUUUUUUUACGUAAACAUAAACGUAAAAAAAAGCGUUUAACUGAUAACUGGUUUAAGUGGUCACGUUUUUAGGAUAAGUAAAAAAAAAAUUUUAAAUAUCAAUGACAAAUCCACGGUCUUUGCUACGAUGUACAAAAUACUAAUUUGACGUUUUUUCACCUUGUUUGUCCUCAACAUGCUAAUCUUCGAUUUGGACUCAUGAAAUUUGGACAUAUAACAUUCUUAAAAAAAAAAAAUCUAGAAAAAUUGCCAAAUUUUUUUUACGUCAACAUCAACGUAAAAACAUUCAACUGGUAACUGGUUUAAGUGGUCACGUUUUUAGGAUAAGUAAAAAAAAAAUAUCAAUGACAAAUUCACAGCCUUUGCUAUGAUGUACAAAAUACUAAUUUGCCAUUUUGUCACUUUGUUUGUCCUCAACGUGCUAAUCUUUGAUUUGGACUCAUGACAUUUGGACACAUAACAUUCUUAAAAAAAAUUCUGGAAAAAUUGCCAUUUUUUUAACAUCAACGUAAAAAAAACGUUUAACUGGUAACUGGUUUAAGUGGUCACGUUUUUAGGAUAAGUAAAAAAAAUUUUAAACAUCAACGUAAAAAAAACGUUUAACUGGUAACUGGUUUAAGUGGUCACAUUUUUAGGAUAAGUAAACAUUUUUUUAAAUUAUCAAUAACAAAUCCAAAAAAAUAAAAAAAAAUAUCAAUGACAAAUCCACGGUCUUUGCCACGAUGUACAAAAUACUAAUUUGCCGUUUUUUCACCUUGUUUGUCCUCAACGUGCUAAUCUUCGAUUUGGACUCAUGACAUUUGAGAGUCAUUUCCAUCACAGUUUUGUCGAAAUUGGUCAUGUAAUUAUGCCGAGCAACAAAGCGACAAAAUCUACAAGCGAUGAUCCGCUUUCUGUGCUACGUACCACUAUCCUAUGCUCUAUGCUAGUACAAAUAUAUAUUUUUUUUAUCGAUUUGUCACCUUGUUUGUCCUCACCAUUCUAACUAAAGUCUUCAUACGUCAGCGCUAUCACAAUAAGAACAAACAAACGCACUUGACAUCAUUAUAAAUUAGAAUUGCGGUGUUUGUUUUGGACUCUUCGUAACAUCCGGAAAUCGCAGUUUUUUUUCUUUCGCAGCAAUAUGGACCAUUCCUUCAUUUGCGGAUAGGUGGACGCCAACUCCUUGCUCUCUUGUACAUAAUGUUUGUAUAGCUAUUGUGCAUACACGUGUCUGUGUAAACAAUGAAUGUAUUUUGAUUAAUACGUAUUGUUAAUAUGAGUUCACAGAAAAAAAAUUAAAAAAUGACCGGAUUAUAAGCUCGCUCUGAGAAAGUAAUGGAAUGGUUGAGACAUCAGCCAAUGUUUGGGAUUGUUUGAUGACAGUUUCUAUUUAUUCGGUAACAUGAAUAAUGUCACUGAUUGGCUGGAAAUAGACAGCUAAUAAAAAAAUAUUUUUUGAAAAUAAUACUAGAAUUUCUUUUUUACGAUCAUUGCCUCAUGAAUGCACUGAUCUUAAUUGCCAUUGUUGUUUUUUUUUCUUCCCCCCCUCCCAAGAAUUCAAGUUCACAGAGCGCAGCAGUAACAUGAAAGUCUACUUUAAAAGACUUUGUAAAUAUGUCUUUGGUUUUUAAUGCCUUUUUAUCAGGAUUUUUAUUAUUGUAUUUUUUUCUAUGUAAUGGGAUUUGAUUUUUGUUUUUGACACUUUUUUUCCAGUUUGAACUCAAAUGAUGCAAUACAAUAAUAAAAUUUGUGAAAUAA